CCUGAACCAAAACCAGGAGUUGAACGCUUAACUGACUGAGACUCAGGUUCCAGAGGGUAGAUUUACAGCAAGUUCGGCUGCUGUAACUCCACAGUGACUUCUCUGCCAUUCAGUGGGCCGUGACUUGAGUCAUCUCCAAAAGAUCUGGAUCUCAGCCCUAGGAGAAGUAGCUGCCUCUUAUCUCUGCUAUUCUUAUGAAUCGUUGUUCUUGGGAAGAAUCCACUCUGACUCUCUCAGAAUUGCUGGAUCAUAAUUGCUCCAAGGGUGUGUUGAAACUUCUCCACUGGACACUUGAACUUCUACAAAAGUCAUCUCAUCCAUGGGUCUUGAUCACACACCAGAUGUCUAGUAAACAACUCCAGGCUUCCACAGACCUAUUCAUCAGACCGUUCAGGUGGCACAUGAUUGUGACUGUGGGAUCAGUCAUUGCAAUUUGUAUCUUGUACAUCAGAGUUUCCUGGCCUAACAGCAUGGUCCCUCUGCCCCCACAGCCCCGCCCUGCCUGCAAGUCCUCUGGCUGUCUCCCCAAGGAGCUCUCGGACCUGACCCAUCUUUUGCACUGGCCUCCCACCCCAGGAGAUGCGGGGGACCUUUUGGCCUCCACCAGUCCCCAGACUUCCACCUACCACCUGAGGGAUCAUUCCCAGGCCAGCUACACCCUGGGAGGCUCCCUAGAGGCCAUCCUUGUCGCCAGAGACCACCAGGGCAGGCCCAAGACCUGUGGUGGAGAUCUGUUUCGGGCACAGCUGCUGGGUCCCCACCUGAAGGCAGGAGUCCCUGGGGAUAUCCAGGAUCUGGAGAAUGGCACCUACCUGUUGUCCUUCCCUCUGCUGUGGGCUGGGCAGGCCCAGGUGCGAGUGCAGCUGAUCCACUCCAGCGAGGCACUUAGGGUCCUGCGGGGAAUCUGGAGAGACCAAUGGGCCACAGUUGAUUUCAUGGGCUAUUUCCGAGGACCCACAGGGUAUGAAGAAAUUGUGACUUGCAAUGUUAACCCCCUGCUAACUGGGGAGGAAGAGUCUACCUGUCACUACAAGGAUGAAGAUUCUGGUGAGCUCUGGUUCUGUGCUCGACCCCCAACCCUGCCCUGCAACUCACUGGUAGGGCAUUCAAGUGGACAUUACUGGAAUAUGACCACACCACACGAGGAGGCCCUGCUGGCAUGCCCUGAAGCCUAUGGAUCUACACACCACAUAUUAGACGGGGCCCCUGAUGGUGGUGGAGACCGCUCGGGGCAUAGUGCUGCACUGGUAGGCCCACAGCUGGCCCCUGCGCUCCCUGCACUCACCAGUGGCCUCCCUGCACUCUGUGGUCUGGGAACUGGGGGGCCUGGCCGGGGGCCCCCACACAGUGGUGGUGCUGGGCCUGGGCGCCCACUUCACCACCUUUCCCCAUCUGUCUUUGUGCAACGACUCGCAGGGAUCAGGGCAGCCGUGGCUGCGCUGCUGGCCCGCGAGCCCCGCACUGUCGUGGUCAUCAAGCUGGCCAAUACCGGCUACAAGUCUGUGUAUGGCAGUGACUGGUUCACCCUCCAGGUGAACCGGCUUCUCCGAGCCGCCUUUGCUGACCUCCGUGUGGCCUUUGUGGACGCCUGGGAAAUGACCUCCAGUCUGGCUCUGCCCGACAGGAUCCACCCAGGGCAGCUUAUUGUCCGCAAUGAGGUCAACUUCCUCCUGUCCUUCAUUUGCCCCAUUUGAGCGCUUCUGCGGGUCCUGGGCUGUGUGGAUGGAGGCGCUGGUGUGAGGAUCAAGCCUGGAAGCCCUUCCCCUCAGCUGUCUGUACCUCUUCUCUUAACUUUUUGUUUGUUUGUUUGUUUGUUUGUUUUGGAUGAGGGAAAAAAAGAUUUUUUAUUGUAUUUUAAUUCAAACUUAUUGGGUUCCUGGUGAGUUUUAAAUUUAAAAUACUUUAUUAGCCAAU